AUGUUUAAGAAACAGAGGCAUCCGGAUCCGUUUGCGCAUUUAAUGAGUGCAGAGGCGUCGCAGUCGCGCGAGCCGCACCUUGAAGGGAAGGAUGGUGACAUCACGGAACAUGAGUAUGUGUCGCCGUUUAGGGAUCAGGAGACAGUAGCAGCAGCACAGAGGAGGCGGAUGGCGAGGUAUCCAACGACGAGUGCCAGCUCUGCGUAUGCGACAGCGAAACCCGAGGAGCUGGGGUACCGUAAGAUCAAGCAGAGCGAGAAACGUGCGAAGGACAUCCAGUUUCCGACGUAUCUGCAGGAGAAUGAGAGAAAGCAGUUAGUGGAGUUGAGGGAGCUGGAGGCGAAGGAGGCUCACUUGCAGUAUCUGAAAGAUUCGCAGCGCAUUUACACCGAGGAAGAGCUGAGACAGAAGAGCGAGGAGCCUGCCGAGGCAAGGGAGCCUGUGGUAGAGGAGGCCGGUGAAGUUGAGCAGGAAGGUGAACCCCAAGGGCCAACGGUGGAAGAGACUGUUGAGGCCGAGACAGAGGAGCCUGUGGUAGAGGAGCCGGGUGAUGCCAAGCAAGAAGGUGAAACCCAAGGGCCAACGGUGGAGGAGACUACUGAAGGUGAACAACUGGGUGAGGCUCAAGAACCAACGGUGGAGGAGACUACUGAAGGUGGACAACAGGGCGAAGCUCAAGAACCAACGGUGCAGGAGACUACUGAAGGUGGACAACAGGGUGAAGCUCAAGAACCAACGGUGGAGGAGACUACUGAAGGUGGACAACAGGGCGAAGCUCAAGAACCAACGGUGAAGGCGGCUGAUGAAGAGCGUCCAGCGAAAGGUCGCCCAGCUGCGGCGAGACUAGCGGAUCCUUUAAAAGUCCCCAUGGUUAUUAUUCCCGUCCAAGACCACAAGCCUUUCUUGAAAAAACUUUUUAAAUCGGCACCAGCCCCAGUCCCAAAUCCAGUCGCUUCUCCCGAUGACCCAGAAGAAGUAGUGAAAACCGCCGAUGGUGGCUACUUAACUAAGGCUGUGUACGAUCAAGUGUCGGCCCAGGAUCAAGAACACAAGCAAUGGGUAGCAAACUACUCCGAGCAGCAAAAGCAAAAGUAUGAUGACAAAAGGGCCGGCUCGAACAGGAGAAUAAAUAGUUUGAGGGAAGAGAUUAAACAGAUCAAGGAGUCAAUGGAAGAGCUUCGCAAGGAAACGGACGCCAAAAUUGACGUCAAAGAAAACGAAUUAACACGUCGACUACUUCAACUAGUGGAUGUUCACGUUAGAGAAAAGAAUAAGAUUUUCAAAGAAACAGAAUUGAUCAAAAAACAGAAAAUGUCCGACAAGGAUUCCAUGGUUGAUAAGCAAAACGGUGUACAAAAGGAGAUUACUGAAUUGAACGAGCAGAAAGCCCAGGCACAGGCAGAGUACAUUCAAUGGUCAAAUGAUUUAGCUGACUUAUCGGCACACAUCGAUGCAAAAAUCGCCAAGUUAGCCGAUGUCGACAGAAAGCAGGCCAAGACCGCUGCCGAUAUCGAAAGAUUAGAAAAGGAGAAACUGUCGCUCCUCAACGAGGCCGAAAUGCAUGAUGCAAAACAUGCGCAGAAUACCGAAGUCAUUGAAGGAGCCGAGAAAAAGACCUAUUUGCCCAAGAUCAAUGAAAUUGAUGGCCAAAUUUCAAUACUCUUAACUCAAUUGACAAGUGUCAAACAACAAUGCGCCAAUGAAAGAGCUGAGCUAUCUGCCAUUACAAAGAGACUAGAGCAAGAACGUAUUGCUCAUGAGGAGAAGUUGAGGUUGGAGGCGGAAGAACGUAAACGUAAAGAGGAAGAUCUUUUAGGUAAGCAAAGACAGGAACUGGAGAGUAAAGCUCAAGAAGCCAGAUUAAAGCAUGAAGAGGAGAUGAGAAAACUGAGGGAGGACUACACUGAGCUUCAAAACAAAUUCAAGGAGCAGCAGCAGGAGAAGAAAAAGGCUCUCGCCUUCGCCAAUGACCAAAGGAAUGCCACCCGAGACAGUUCGCUCUAUGAAUAUGGUACCGAGGAAGAAAUAUUGAGCGUUUGA